UCCAUGUCAGUUAUAGUUGGUGCCUCGUGGCAAACGGGAAAACAGAGCUCCAUUCCUCGUACGAGCAGAGAGAGUCAGCUACGUCCUACAGUACGAGAAAGCUCCGGCCAAUACCACGUUGCGUUCUAUCCCUUCUCCUCACUCAUACCUGUCAUCCUCCUGUCCUCUGUCUAAGCUCAUAUUUUUUACCGACAAAAAAACAAAAACCAACAACAAAAAUCAAUAUACAAAAAGAGGGCAAAACGAAAAAAAUAUUCGGAAAAAUCGGCGAUCGGAGACGUCGGGAGGGAAAUCGCCACGGGAGCAGAGAUCAUUUCCCUCUCGGACGGACUUGUAAUCACUACCCAACCUCUUCGUACACCUCUUUGGGUUUGGUGGCAACCGGUUCCGACUCGAGCCUCGUCCCCGAUCCACACCCACUUUCCGAUUCUAGCCAAGCUGAUCGCUUUCAUGGCGUUUCAAAUGCAUUGAACAGAAAAUCCCCUGACAAUGUUCAAUUUUUAAACCCAAACCCUUCUCCGUUCCCCACUUUUCGGGCGACAGAGCUUCGGAUUCGGUUCUCUUCUCCUCCCCGUCGAAAACCCAGAAAAGAAAAAUUCAAACCGGCAAAAAGUUGGAUGCGACGGGCAUUGUGUUUUCCGAGCUGGGGCGUUGAGGGUUGGGGUGCUUGUUUGAGCGGCGGAUCGUACGGUGGCUGGUGGGUCAGAAUCAGAUGCAUUGAGGUGGAGGGAUUGUAGGGAGGGAGGGGCCAUGAGAAAUAACGACAUGGUCAGAACGCAGCAGGAAAGAAUGCACGCAAAUGCUCUGCCUCAGCAUUCUGACUCCGACCGUCGGAUUAUUGACGCCCCUGGCUCGUCCCUGCUGCUUUAUCAAGUUUGGAAAGGAAACAAUAAAUUUUGCUUUAAUGGAAGAAUUAUAUUGGGUCCAGAUUCGAGGUCAUUAUUCCUUACUGUGUCCCUAAUUGUGGUUCCGGUGAUCCUGUUUUGCGCUUUUCUUUCGCAAGGACUAAUUCAUCAACUCCCGCUCUACAUUGGCAUUCUUGUUGUGGCUUUAUGUCCAGUAUUAGCAGUAUAUGUUGUGAUUCUUCUCUUGAUCACAUCUGCAAGAGAUCCUGGCAUUAUUUGUCGCAGCUUGCAUCCUCCAGAACCAGAAGAUGACGGCUAUGUCUCUAGUAUCUCUUCUGAUUGGCCAGGAAGUCAGAAUGGGCCUCCAGGCAUACCACCCACAAAAGAAGUUAUCAUUAACGGCAUGAUAGUUAAAACCAAAUAUUGUCAAACAUGCAUGCUAUAUCGCCCACCCCGAUGCUCUCACUGCUCUAUAUGCAACAACUGCGUUGAUCGUUUUGAUCACCAUUGCCCAUGGGUGGGGCAAUGUAUUGGCAAACAGAAUCAAACCAAUCUCUUAGUUGUGACUUGUCAAGUUGAAUGUCUUUCACUCACUACUUGCACGGUUCAUGCAUCUAGGGUUAGGAAUUACAGAUUCUUUUUCAUGUUUGUAUGCUCCACGACCGUUCUGUGUCUCUAUGUCUUUGCGUUCUGCUGGGUAAACAUCAUGCAGAUAAUGGAUUAUUACCAUUGCAGUCUCUGGAGAGCUUUAUCAAAGUCACCUGUUUCAGGAGUUCUAAUUCUCUAUACAUUUGGAGCUGCUUGGUUUGUUGGAGGUCUCACAGGAUUCCAUCUCUAUUUGAUUCUCACUAAUCAGACAACAUAUGAAAACUUUCGGUAUCGGUACAAUCUGAAGAUGAACCCUUACAAUCGUGGGUGUUUUAGCAAUAUUACGGAAGUCUUCUUCUCUGAAAUUCCGAGAUCUAAACAUAACUUCAGGGAAGUGGUCAAGGGCGAUACUUCUUCUGUCUACACCACUUCAAUGCCAUCAGGCCAUCCCAUGAGCCCAGAGAUGCCCAAAGCAAGUUCUGACAUAGAAAUGGGAAAACGAAAAGCUGUUGCUGCUGAAGAUCUGGAGGAUAUACAAACUCAGAUUGAUAGUGUUGGUGGAUUGCAGCGGUGUGAGACCCAGCCAAGACGUACAAAAUGGGAUCACAAUGCCAACUGGGGGAGCUCACCGGAUAUACAAAUGUUGGCUGCGGAGUUUGGAAUGGAACAUGGUUCAACAGGCAGACAGAAAAUUGAAGGGAGUAUUAAUCUGAAGAGCUAAAUUAUUGGUUAGAAAUUGAUGUUCUACUCUUACAGCCAAGAUAACAGCUGCUAACCUGGAGGAUCGUAAUUGGUUACCGACAUAGUGCUGAACUCCCCUGUUGGAAGGAUGCGAUCACAAUCCAGUUCUCCAUGGUCGGAAUAAGAGCUCUGAUUCAGACAAGUAGGAAGAGGAACUUGCAUAGAAUCAAACUGCCUUUAUGGAUACUUUGGGUCAAGUGUAGUGCUAUAACGUUUUCAGCGAAACUAAGGUCCGCAUCUACUCUAUACAUUAUUCUUUAUCAAAUAACGGAAAAGCCUGUAGAUUGUAGUUAGAGGUCCGGUGGUGGAUUUGGUUCAUGCGAGGGUUCAAGAUUCAUAGACAUUUAUGUGAGUUGUUUUUCCUUUUUAAGUUGGAAAGAACUGAAACUAAUUUUUCUCCCAGAAAUUAGACAUGUGUAAACAUUCUCCUGUGAAACUUUGUGUAAUAUAUAGAUUGGUGAUGCACAAAAUCAAAUUGACUUUAGAACAA